AUGGUGCAGCGGUCCGACUUUUCUGACAAUUUCGAGGAUGUCCCGGCUAACUGCAGGUUUCUUGGCCCCGUGCUCUCGGAAGGCGUUGCUUCUCUCUACCGCGUCCUUGCCCUGGUGAACUUGGAGGACAAGUCGCCGAGCCGCGGUCUUCAGCAGCAGCAUGUGGCGCUCCGCUACCAGCACUUGGCCAACGUGUGGGUUACGCACGUCUGGGAGAAGUUCGCCCGCCGGGAGGACGGCGGAGGCCCGGGCGAAGGCUGGGCAUGGUACGACCGCUCGUACAUCGACGACUCCGCCUGGCCGAUCGGCCUCAAGGAGAUGAAUGUCGAAAUGCACGUGGUUCAGAACAUGCUGGCCGAUGCCAAAGCAGACCCAUCGUCGAGGCCUCGCUCGGCGGAGACUCCUCACAGCUGGCGGGACGUCAGCUUGAACAUCGGCAUUGCGAGUGUCUGCGCGUACCCGAGUGAGAAUCCGCUGCCGCGGUAUGCUGCCUCGAACCAUGGAGCCUACGCAGCUCGACACGGCUACCGAUAUCGCCUGGAGCAGCGAAACUUGGCCCCCGAGAGACCUCCAGCUUGGGGGAAGGUUCGGCUCUUGCAGCGGUUGCUUGAGGAGGAGCCGGACGUGGAUUGGUGGCUGUGGUUUGACUGCGACACCUUCUUCAUGAACAUGAGCGUGACCCUGGAUUCCUUGCUCUACCGCUACGCCUCAGUCGCUGACGGCCUCGAUGCCGAUGUUCACCUGCUUGCGGCCGAGGAUGCUGCGAUGCUGAACACCGGGGCCUUUCUCCUCCGGCGCUCCGAAUGGAGCCGCAGCUUCUUGCGCCGGGUAUGGGGAAAGCAGGACUCGAUUUGGAUAUCGCACCCUUGGUGGGAGAAUGCUGCCAUGAUCUGGGACCUCCUCAGAUUCAACUCGGAGAAGUUUCGGCACGGGCUGGGCGAGGACGUCUAUCCGAAAGAGGUUCGCAUCCUUCCGCAGUUCGAGUUCAACUCCUACCACCCAGCCACUGCCCAGAUGCUCCACGACACUUGGAUGCCGGGUAAGUUCGUCUUGGCUUUCAACGGUGUCCUCUCUAACACCAGCCCUGGGGUGGUCCAAGCUCUGUACGGGUACUACUACGAGCUUGCCUGCGAGCUCAACAGGAUCCCUGUUGCACGAGGGCAAGCCAAAGAAGGAGAGUGCCUGCAGCCGGAGGAGCCCCUGCCGUGGCUUAAAAAGGAGGAAGAGAGCGGGGGGGAUUCAUGGGAUCAUGUCGUGAUCCUUCGCACGGACAAUGCACGUCUGGGUGCGGAGAACAGCGAGGGCGGCUACUACGCCACACCGGCGGCUUAUGGCACCGGCUAUGCCGCCAUGCCGUUCGGGAGUUUGGGAGGAAUGGACUCUCCAAGUUCCCCAAAGAAAGUGCUGCUGAAGGACCUCCCCGCAGUUGCAGCAGAUCCACAUCCAGAACCGAAAAAGAUACCUCAGAGGCCACAGACACCUCCGACUCCGCUGACUCCACAAUCGACCCCACAAACCAAGAAGCGGAACUUUGAUUUCGGCCAGGACAUGAAAAGUGAGCUCCAGACGUCCAUUCGUUCUAUCUUCCAGAAGUGGGAUCCCAGGUAUGAGGUGUCUGACUAUCUCAAGGAACGUACCGUUCAGGGCACGCUGUCGCCCGCAGUUGAAGAGGCAGAUAAUCCGGGAAGCUUGGGACAUCCACAGCUAUGUCGACGUCGAUGCAUCUACUUCGCCAAAGGGCAUUGCCAGCAUGGCUCGUCAUGUGGGUUUUGUCAUUUGGAGCACACACGCCAGCCCGCACAGCUUGACAAGAAGCAGAGGACCAUAUUCGACAAGCUGACAGAGGGGCAGAAAUUGGAGAUUCUUCUCCCUCAUCUCCGAACGAAGGCCACUGAGGAGCAGCUCCAACACAAAGCCGACUCCGUCGUGGAGAUCAUGGAGCGCCGCAUGCACGAG